CUUACGUAAAGUUGUGACUUACGAACGGAAACCAAGUCUCACAACAAAUUUAAUGAUGGAUGCCAAUAAAAAGUAAUGGAUUUAUAAAAAUGAAAUUGUUGUUUGUAGCAUUUUAAUUUUAUUGUGUUAAAAACUUGUUGUCCAAAAUGGCAAAGAGGAGGAAGCCCGCGAACAGCGUCCCCUCGCGUAGAUCCAGUAGACGCGGUAGACAGGGAGAUGGAAGUAUUGCAACAGUCGGUCAGCCUUCUACCUCCAAUGGACCUACUCCUGAAACUGCCACUGAAGAUAAACCACCUUUAGAAAAUAUGAAUGAAGUCUCAACGGAGCCAGGGCCUAUUAUAAAGACUCUAGAUUUAACUACAAAGCUAAGCCAAAGCAGUGCAAUGCAGCCUGUUGUAGCCUUACAUAAGAAAUUUGGCAAAUACAGGUGUUUAUUCAACAGUGAGGAUGGGUCUAUUAAAAGAUAUGAAUUAGGUAGUGAAAGUGAAACAAACAGUAGUGAAGAGAUUAGAGUCAUUGAUUUAUGUACCGGCUCGGAAUCAGAUUCUAAUGCUGCAUUGGAUAUUCAGUCUGAUAUAGUAAGUGGAGCAUGUUCUAGUCCUUUAGACUCCCCUGUUAACCAUUCUCAGGAUAAUGUUGAUGAACUCAAACCUGAUGAAUCUGAUAAAGCAUCAGAAAAUGAUAAUACCGCUGAAAAAGUUUCUGAAAGCUCAAUUCAUCUUGAUGUAAGUAAAGAAACUCCAACAGAGGUAGAAAUUAAUGUUCCAGAAGAGGAACAAACUCAAGAGGUGCAAGCCGAAGUAAUCAAUCAUACUGAUAAUGAAGAAGUGAACGAAAAUAAUCAAGAAGUAACACUGGAAGAACAAUUAGAGUAUGGGGAUGACGAUGAAGUUAUAACUAUAGUGCAAAUUGUUGAAGAUGACAAUGCUGAACUGUAUUAUAAUAUAAAUAUUGGAAGCCCAAAAGACGAGGAACCGGCAGAGGAUGGGAAUAUGGAAGAAAAUAAAGAUGCAGAAUUCCAAAAGGACUUUGCUAUGUUAAAUAUUGUUAACACAGACUCCAAUCCAAAUUCACCCAUGGAGUGUACAGAAAUCCAUGACUUAACAACACCUCCUUGUAAUACACCCGAUCCACAACCAAUAACGGAAUCAUUGGCAAGACCCGAUCCAAGCCUUACACCAAGUUCCACUCUUUCUGACGAUAGCAACUGCUCUAGGGUCACCGAACCCGCCACUAAUAACUCUAACGAUUCAUCAGAGUCUUCACCGACUGGAGUUAGAAGAUCAAGUCGGAUCAAAACUAUAACUACAAUGAAACAAAAGACAAAAGGAUAUGGUUUGGUCAAGACUCCAUUAAAGAAAGCUUUGAUAACACAAACCAAAUUGAAAUUGGAAGAAUUGGGAUCUGAUAGUCAGGAGAAAAUGGAACUACAGAAUAAUGCCACACCUUUGACAUUCCCCAUUCCAUCAGAGAUGCCGGUAAAAGUCAAGUCUCGAUGGCGUAGGUCUAGCGAGCUAGAGAUGGGUGCAAAUUCCCCCGCCAACUCCCCACUAGCCAGCCCAAGUUUGCCUCAAAAAUUGCCCCUUCUGGAGGAGGUCCCUAAAGUUGAGGAGGACAUUGUCGAAGAACCAUUGAGUAAAGAGGCAUAUGACAAGAUUAUUGAAGAAAGAAUGAGUCAAUACCAGCAUUUGGAUGAAAAUGAAUAUCUGUGUGAGAGAAUGGUUAGUAGAGAAACAAAGAAAAUGAUCUGUGAUUGUUUUAUGACUAAAGAAGAAUUGGAAAGAGGGGAGCUCGCUUGCGGUGAAGAUUGUUUAAACAGAUUGCUCAUGAUUGAAUGUAAUUCGAGAUGUCCAGUCGGAGAGAGAUGUACAAAUAGAAGGUUUCAGAAAAAGGAAAAUGGACCUUUGAAAGUGUUCUAUGCUGACAAAAAAGGUUGCGGUGUCGAGGCUACCACAGAUAUAACAAAUGGCGAAUUUUUAAUGGAAUAUGUAGGCGAAGUGCUCGAUUACGACCAAUUUUACAAGCGCGCUCAGGCUUACUCUGACGACAACAACUUACAUCACUAUUUCAUGUCGUUGAAAGGCGACACUGUUAUCGACGCGACGCUGAAGGGGAACAUAUCCAGGUUCAUAAACCACUCCUGCGAACCGAACGCCGAGACGCAGAAGUGGACGGUCAACGGCGAACUGAGGAUAGGGUUCUUUAGCAAACGAGAAAUUGCCGCAGGGGAGGAAAUCACUUUUGACUAUCAGUUCCAAAGAUUCGGAAAAGUAGCGCAAAGGUGUUACUGCGGUGCGGAAAACUGCCGUGGAUGGAUAGGUGCGGAACCGGACUCCGAUGACGAUUAUGACGAAGAGGAGGAAGAAGACGUAACAACCUCAAAGACGGGCACUUCAGAAUCCUCUGAGGACAAGCAUGCUGUGAACGCCACGGACCAGGCCCGGCCGAGAGUACGGAAACCCAAGAGGGACAGGAAGUAUAAACCAAAGUCUGGAGACUUAGUACAAGACGCUGAUAUCGAGGAGGACCUAGAAGCGCUCGGUCGUACUGGCAUUAAGAAUCAGGCUCACACGCUGCGACUGUCGCGUACGGUGGUCCGCGCUAAAACACGACGCGCACAGACGGCACUGCUGCGACUACUGAGAGACGCGCACCUCCCGUGCCGCAGACUGUUCCUCGACUACCGCGGUCUCAGGCUGCUGGCGCCCUGGUGUAACGACGCUCCUUUGAACUUCAAAUUGGAAAUGCUCCAAACUGUUGAUCGUCUGCCGAUCACCAAUAAGACGAUGGUUCAAGAGAGUCGUUUCUUCACAAUCGUGGAGCGAUGGCUCAGUUCCUCGGACGCUCCUCCUGAACCCGUCUUUAUUGAUGAGGCCACUGGCUUGCCAGUAGAAAUCCCGAGGCCAACUCCAGAUGAACCCGUCACACCAGAAAAGACAAAAGAAAAUGCAGCAAUGUCUGAAAAAGUUAAAGAUCUCUGUAACCAAAUGCUUGAAAGGUGGUCCAGUUUAAAGGAGGUUUUCAAGAUACCAAAGAAAGAGCGCAUACAGCAAAUGAAAGAACACGAGAGGCAAGCGAACGUCGAGAGGCGAGCGGCUGAUUCGAGCGGUACGAGAGAUCGAGAUAGAGAACGGGAUAGGAGGGACGAGAGGGAUAGAGACAGAGAUAGAAGAGAUGAGCGAGAUAGAGAGAGGGACAGGGACCGAGACCGCGAGAGAGAGAGGGAGAGAGACAGGGACAGAGACAGGGAGAGGGAACGGGAGAGAGAACGAGAGAGAGACAGAUAUAGGGACAGAGACCGGGAUAGAGAUAGAGACGACCGCGACAGAAGAAAACGGAGAAAUAGUCCGGAGGGAGGACGGCGCAGUAUAAAACUGAGCGAGCGAGUGUUAGCGGCCGUUCCUCCUAUAAGCAAAGAGGAGCGGCGACGCGCGUUCGCGGAAGCUGCGGCCGCCGCCGACGAGAGCAGGAGGCAGAGGGAGAGGGAGCACGCGCAGGCCUGGCACUACAGGCACUGGCCGCAAGAGGCGUUCGCACAGAUGUUUCCUCAGGGCAUGAUGGGUAACGGACAGAAUAUGAUGGGCGGUGGACCGAAUAUGAUGAACGGCGCACCGAACAUGUUGGGGGGAGGUCAGAACAUGAUGGGUGGGCCUAACAUUAUGGGGCAGAUGGUCCCUGGGAUGCUACCGGGGGUGAUGCCGUCGGAGGUCUCCAAUGAAUGGAUCGGUCCCAACGGCGAAUUCCAAGGCCCGCCCGGGUUUUGCCAGCCUUUCCCUGGACCACAAUCGUUUUGUCUGCCUCAGUCAAAUAUGAUGGGUUUACCCGGUUUCGGCAUGGGUGGUUUUAUGUUCGGUCAGCAACUGCCGGGCGCCUUCCCGCCCCCUCAACCUGCUCUACAACAACCACAGCAACCUCAGACCAUCACAGAUAAUAUAACGGAGUCGGGGGGCGAGCCUCCUCUGCCGUCGAUGUGGCGGAGCGCCGUGGAUGGUCGAGGUCGCCGGUACUACUACCACGUGAAGCUGAGACAACCACAGUGGCUGCCACCGCCGCCACCACCACAAGAGGAAAGUUCGUCUGAGGAGGAAGUGGAGCCCAUGACCGCCAUGGAGUCCGCUGUGAUCGGGCGGCCGGUCAAAGGGAAACUCGUUGAGGGGGUCAACGGUAUAUACGAAGUUAUCAAAGAGGAUCCCCAGAACGGCCUCAUUCCAGAUCACGCCUUACUCAACAUGAAGCCGCGCAAGAGAAGGCCCGGGCUGGUCACUGAGAGGCCUAUCAGUCCGAGAACCGAAGAGGACAAGCUGGCCGGACGUAUGGAGGUGAAGAGAUACAAGCAAACCAAAGAGAAGUUACGGAGACGAAGAGAGAAGUUGCUGCAGAAGGUGAAGAUGUUGACUGACAGGAGACGGAAAGAUAUGAAGUUCAUUGAUUUGGAAGACAGCGACACGGAGACGGAGGAGUCGUCGGAUGAGGAUAAGGAGUCCCCGGCGGGCGGGGCCGAGCCUUGCCCCGUCAUCAAUGUUGAGGAGACCGCCAGGAGGAUCAAGGAGCAGUUCAGGGCGAACAUGGCGCGGGUCAUGGUCCAACACCUCAACCCGUACAGGCACUCGGACGCGCCCGCCGGCAGAAUCACCAGCACGGCUGACUUCAAACAUCUGGCCAGGAAGUUGACGCACUUCGUGAUGCUGAAAGAGUUGAAGCACUGUCGGUCGGUGGACGAGCUGGAGGUGACGGAUUCCGUCCGCACCAAGGCCAAGCUGUUCGUCAAGAGAUAUAUGAUGAAGUUCGGGCCGGUUUACAAGAGACCGCCCGAGGAGGCCGACUAGCGACUCUUGUGCCAGAUAAAGGAGGACAUACAGACAUUCGUGUGAUAGUGUAUGAUAGUAUAUAGAGUUCAGUGACCUUCGAAAAUUGUGAUGUUCUGUGUUACUGUAAAUAAUGUUUUGUGAUGUCGUAGGUAUGUGAUGGAACUUUUGAAGUUUUAAUUAGGUGAAAUUGAAUUAUGUAUGUAUGUAUGAAUAUCAUUUCCACACCGAGCAUGAAUUUGAUGUGUACAGUUGAUACCGGUUGGCAAUGUUUGACGGAGUAAUGAUUUAGUCGCUGGUAAACAGUCUUAUAUUUUAUAUAGAACAAACAAUAAAUGCUAAAAAAUAUGAUUUAUCAGAAAUUAAACAGCGCUACUUGUAAGUCUUUCUCAUUAAAUAAUCUUUGUGUAUGUAUUUUAAUAUAAUUUAUAUAGUAACAUGAUUUCCAAGACAAAACACUUAAUACCAAUGAUUUAAGAUUUUUUUAUAUACAUAUAUAUAUAUAUACAUAUAUGUAUAUGAUUACUUAUACAUUUUUCAGACACUUGAAUGAUGUCACAGAUUAAACAUAAAGCAAUAAAACAUUACUGUCCUCGCUAUGAAUUAAUAAAAUCUGUUCCUCAACAACGCUAUUAUAAUUCAACCAAAUAUAAUUAUUCAAUUCUAAAUGAUAUAAAUCUCUUAAUGUGUAUCAGGAUUUAUUUUUCCUGCGAUAGUUGUAAAUGUAUAUAUAGCUGUAAGUUGUAUUAAGUGAUUCCUCAUUAGACAAACCCCUAUAUUUAUUUUUGAUAUCUUGACCAGCACAUCAAAGAUCAAGACUCGAAUAAUGAUUUAAGUACAGUAUUAUUAGUAAACGACUUUCAUCAUGAAUUAAUAAGAAUAAUAAAAUUUUAAGCUUACGAAUUAGUGAUUUUUCGUUUUUUUUUUUUUUUUUGGAUUCGUUCAGAAAUAUAUCGGAUUGAAUCUUAAAUGUGCAUUGAGAGUAGUAGUUAUUUGUACAAAACGCUCUGUAAACUAAAGGUUACAUGAGACACUGUAAUGGAAAUUUGAUUAUUGGAAAACUUUAUCUUAAUUUCAUUGUAAUUAACUCAUGAAUUGAAAUAAAAACUGUGAGAUAACUUUCAAGAUUAUCCUUGACUUUGUCAGACAAAGAGCCUGUGUAAAUGUUGUAAAUAAAUGACAUGCAAGUAGAUUGAUCGUUUCCACUGGUCGUUGGUCGUGUCGUGUCGUGAUAGUGUCGUGAUAGUGUCGUGGUCGUGUCGUCUAGUGUGAAGGGCGUUUAUCUGUUAAGUGCUGUAUGUUAAUGUAGUAUAGUCGAGAGGUUGUCGAGACACGUCAAUGAGAUCGAGGUCGACGAACAAGUAAAAAUUAUUUCUUCUAAUUA